AUGGAGGAUAUAUAAUUGAUAAUCAGAAGAAUUAAGAGAUCAGGGGAACCUCGAUUAAAUCUAUCUGCUAAAUAAAUUAUCAGCAUUCCUCAUGAGAUAUACUAAUUGAAACUUGUUCAAUUAGAUCUUAGCUAUAAUAAAAUAACAUCUAUUGAACCUAGAAUAAUUUCAUUAACAACUUUAGAAGAUCUAGAUUUAAGCAAUAAUUGCAUUGAAGAAGUACCUGAAGAAUUGUUGAAUAUGCAAAAUCUGCAGACUUUAAAUUUAAGCAAUAAUCCUUUGAUACCCAAAUUUUAAACAUUAAAUGGACAUUUUCAUUAACCAUAAUUAAAUUAGAUUUUGCAAAAGUUAUUUCAAAUUAGUCCUGUAACCGAUAAUCAACUAAAACAGGAAUAGUAAAUCAUUCCUGAAAGACCAAAAACAUAAAGUAGACCAAUUAGAUAAGUGUAGGAAUUAUAACAUACGAAUCAUGUUUUGGAAGUAGAUGCAAAUGAAUUUGAAGUACAUGAAAUAAUUUCCUAAGGUGGCUUUUCUAUUGUUCAUCGGGGAUAUUUCAGAGGCACAGAAGUAAAUAGAAAAUGUAAAUUAGAUUGCAAUCAAAAAGAUCUUUAAUCCAAACAUUACUUAAUAAUUACUUGAUGAAAUCAAUAAUGAAAUUGAAAUGCUAUCUUUAUUAAGGCAUCCAAAUAUAGUUCUAUUAAUGGCAUGUUGUACAAAACCUCCAAAUUUAGUGAUAGCAACUGAAUUUAUAUAAGGAGGAAGCUUGUAUCACCUUUUGCAUAAGACCAAGUAAGGCAAAACUGAUCAAUUAGUCAUUAAAUUUCGGAUCAAUUUAAAUAUUCUAUAGCCAUUUAAAUUGCCAGAACAUUGCAAUAUAUGCAUUAAGCAGGUGUUGUACAUAGGGAUAUUAAAUCACACAACAUUUUACUGUAAGGAUAGACAGUGAAGUUGUGUGAUUUUGGUUUAACAAAGAGAUGUGUAAGAGUUAGGUUUAAUAAAUUAGUCAGAGUUGAAUUAAGGCUAUUAAUAAUUUAGUGGGACUCCAACCUAUAUGGCCCCAGAACUAUUUGCCAAACGCGUAAUUGAAUCAGAAUAUUUUAGGCUUACGAUAAAGGGGUGGAUCUGUUUGCUUAUGGCACUCUGUUGUGGGAGAUAUUUGCAAGAGAAGUGCCUUGGGAUUGCUUGGAGAUGCAAGAGAUUGUCUAGAAGGCUAUGAGGAAUGAGCAGUUACCAAGUAGAAAUGUGCCUAAGAAUGUUAUGCAAUUGAUUAAUGAGUUGAGGAGUAAAGAUGAAACAAGGAGACCCUCCAUGGAUUUAGUUGUCUAAUAAUUAUUAAAUAGAUGAUUAAGUUUAAAUUAUUUUUAAAAUAGAAUUGCC